AGAAAAAAUCCAAUGGUGCCACAACCAAUAACAACACAAAAGAAUAUGAAAUGGAACUGGAAGAGACACAACAGCCCGUACCGCCAGAUGGCGGUUGGGGUUGGAUGGUCGUGUUUGGUUCCUUUAUGAUACACAUUAUCACUGAUGGUAUGACAUACUCCUUUGGCCUGUUCUAUGAUGAGUUUCUAAUUUAUUUCAAUGAGGGAAAAGGCUAUACAGCAUGGAUUGUAUCCAUUAUGGUUGGUGUGACAUUUGCAUCAGGGCCAAUUUCAUCUUCAUUUGUUAAUCGUUAUGGUUGUCGAGCGGUGACAAUAGCUGGUGCUAUACUCACAGCUAUUUGCAUUAUUAUUAGUACAUAUGCACAGAAUGUCCUUACCUUAAUUAUUACCAUUGGUUUCGGUACCGGUCUGGGUUUGGGUCUAAUUUAUUUACCCGCCAUUGUCAGUGUUAGUACAUAUUUUGAGGCGAAACGUUCCUUGGCCACUGGUAUUGCAGUAUGUGGUUCGGGUUUUGGUACUUUUGUAUUUGCUCCUCUAAUGGAGACUCUAUUGGGUACUUAUGGCUGGCGUGGCGCCCUAUUAAUUGUUGGUGGCAUUGUAUUGAAUUGUAUUAUAUUUGGUGCCAUGUUCCGACCAUUAGAACCACCACAACCCACAAAAGCCAAAAAGAAGAACAUCGAUCAACAUGCUACACCAGGGGAAUUGGAACCAUUGAAGGCCAAUGUCAAGCAGGCUGAUCAAUAUCUACAGCUGCCAAAAAGCGAAACAAAUGGUUUGUGCCGAUCCAACAGUGUGGGUCAUUCAUAUAAGAAUAAGUUAAAUAGCUCUAAUGGUGCUGUCAAUCAAAAACUGGAAAUUUCUGUAGUUUCAAAAUGUGCCAGCAAUGAAGAUAUUAUACGCUCGACCAUGAGUCAACCGCAUUUAGCCCAAUUGAAAGAGCAACAUCGUGAAAAGUCGGGUAGUGGCACCAUGUAUAGGCCAGAUAUUUUGUAUCAGGGUUCUUUGCUCAACAUACCCGAAUAUGCCAGAUCACGACAAGAUCUUUCCGGUUCGGGAGUCAUUCAACGUUAUGGUUCGGUUAAACAUUCACAAUUGGAUUUAAAUGAGGAAAAGAAAUUGGCAAAAUGUUGUGGCAUCACAUGUUCGAAAGAGACCCGUGACACCCUACGCGAAAUGAUGAAUUUCGGUUUGAUGACCGACAUAAUCUUUGUAAUUUUUGCCAUAUCGAAUUUUUGCACCAGUAUCGGUUUCAAUAUGCCCUAUGUUUAUAUUGUCUCCCAAGCCAAAGCGCUCCAGUUGACCGGUGAACAGUCUUCCUAUCUAAUUGCAGUUAUUGGUGUGGCCAAUACGAUAGGCAGAAUUAUUUUAGGUUAUGUCUCGGAUAAGCCAUGGGUGAAUCGUUUGUGGGUCUAUAAUGUAUGUCUGACCAUAUGUGGUAUUGCUACAGCAUUGUGCCCACUGUGCACAGGAUUCUAUUCGUUGGCAUUCUAUUGUUCGGUAUUCGGUUUCACCAUUGGUGCCUAUGUCGGUUUGACAUCUGUGAUUUUGGUCGAUUUGUUGGGUUUGGAAAAGCUGACGAAUGCCUUUGGUAUUUUGUUGUUGUUCCAGGGUGUGGCAUCACUGAUUGGACCACCAAUUGGAGGUUGGAUGUAUGAUAUUACCUUCUCCUAUGCUCCCGCCUUUAUAUUGGCCGGUGUUAUGAUUGCCAUCAGUGGUUUGAUCAUGUUUGUGGUACCUCCCAUCCAACGUCGCCAAGCGAGAAAGCAACAGGAAUUAAAUGCUCAAGAAAUUGCUUUAAGUUAGAAAAUAUUGUAAUUAUUUU